AUGAACAGAAAAUUCACAAGAAAAAAAAAUAUAGAAACAAAAAUUGACCAAAAAACUCAGAGGAAGAAGAGGUUGAAGAUGGAGGAACUUGCAGGGCUUUUAAGAAUCCGAGUGAAGAAAGGGAUCAAUCUCGCUCGACGAGACUCUCUAAGCAGCGACCCUUUUGUCGUCAUAACCAUGGGAACACAGAAGCUUAAAGGUCGUACCGUGAUGAAUAACUGCAACCCAGAGUGGAACGAGGAAUUGACACUUGCGAUCAAACAUCCCAAUGAACCUGUGAAUCUGAUAGUGUAUGAUAAAGAUACGUUCACAUCGCACGACAAGAUGGGAGAUGCGCUGAUAGAUAUCAAGCCGUUCCUAGAGGUUCACAAGCUUGGUUUGCAAGAACUCCCAGAUGGAACAGAGGUCAAGAGAGUUUUGCCCACAAAAGAGAAUUGCUUGUCUGAAGAGAGCAGAAUCGUCUCCAAGAAUGGCAAGAUCGUUCAGGACAUGAUUCUUGUGUUGAGGAAUGUCGAAUGUGGCGAGGUCGAGAUUCAGCUUGAAUGGAUUGAAGUUCCAGCUAUGGCUUCGACUUCAACAUCAUCUUUAAUGGCUUCAAAAACUGUAGUCUCCAAAACAGCUCUGUUUCUAUCAACAUCAGGAAUAAUCAAACGGAGUUUCUUAACAUUCACACCAGCUUCCCCUUCGGUUAAACCACUCAAGAUUAGAUCUUCACAUGCCACUAAGUUCGAUGAAGUCACCAACAGUCUCGACGAGGACAUGGACCAGAUUCGACGGUUACAAAACGGUUCUGACGUGAGAGGAGUCGCAUUGGAAGGAGAGAAAGGCCGGGCGGUUACUCUAACUCCUGCAGCCGUUGAAGCAAUCGCGGAGAGCUUCGGUGAAUGGGUUGCAGCGACGGAGGGUAACGGAAACGGCGUCAUUAGGGUUUCUCUCGGACGUGACCCACGUGUCUCCGGCGGGAAGCUGAGCACGGCCGUGUUUGCCGGUUUAUCUCGUGCAGGCUGUUUAGCUUUUGACAUGGGUUUAGCUACUACUCCUGCUUGCUUCAUGAGCACGUUACUCUCUCCAUUCGAAUACGACGCUUCAAUUAUGAUGACGGCGUCUCAUUUACCGUAUACAAGAAACGGUCUCAAGUUCUUUACCAAGAGAGGAGGAUUAACGUCUCCUGAAGUGGAGAAGAUUUGCGAUUUAGCUGCGCGGAAGUACGCAAACAGACUGACUAAAGUCUCUACAUUGAUAAGAACUCGACCAGAGCAAGUCGAUUUCAUGAGCGCUUACUCUAAGCACCUUAGAGAAAUCAUUAAAGAGAGAAUCAAUCACCCUGAACACUACGACACUCCUCUCAAAGGAUUUCAGGCAAGAGUCUAGCUUUAUAAUCCCUCUAUGUCUUGAGUGUUACAACACAAAAUGUUGACGGUUUUUGUGGUUGGUGUAUGGUUAGAUAGUAGUGAAUGCUGGUAAUGGGUCAGGAGGGUUCUUUACGUGGGAUGUUCUUGACAAGUUAGGAGCCGAUACGUUCGGUUCGCUCUAUCUCAACCCGGACGGGAUGUUCCCGAAUCACAUCCCUAAUCCGGAAGACAAAACCGCAAUGUCACGCACCCGAGCCGCGGUUCUUGAGAACUCAGCGGAUCUUGGUGUCGUGUUUGACACGGAUGUUGACCGGAGCGGAGUGGUUGAUAACAGAGGAAACCCUAUAAACGGAGAUAAGCUCAUUGCGCUUAUGUCAGCGAUUGUGCUUAAAGAACAUCCAGGUGGGUUUAACACUAAUGAUGUUAUCUAUUAAUUAGUUUAUGUGACGUAUUAUAAUACUGAUUUAAUUUAAGUAUAUAGGAAGUACAAUAGUGACGGACGCAAGAACAAGUAUGGGACUAACUAGGUUUAUAACGGAGAGAGGAGGGAGACAUUGUUUGUACAGAGUAGGGUAUAGAAACGUAAUAGACAAGGGAGUAGAGCUGAACAGAGACGGCAUCGAGAGUCAUCUCAUGAUGGAAACUUCAGGUCAUGGUGCUGUUAAAGAGAAUCACUUCUUGGAUGAUGGUGCAUACAUGGUGGUGAAGAUCAUAAUCGAAAUGGUGAGAAUGAGACUCGCGGGAUCAAAAGAAGGUAUCGGUGGUUUGAUCGAAGAUCUUGAGGAGCCGUUAGAAGCGGUUGAGCUGCGGAUGAAUAUUUUGUCAAAGCCAAGAGAUGCCAAAGCAAAAGGCAUUGAAGCCAUUGAGACAUUCAGGCAAUACAUCGAGGUAUAUAAUUAGCUAUGUAACUAAUAAUCGAUUGGUUCUGAUUGUAGCUGUAGACUUGAGAAUUAUUAUAAG